AUUGAUCAAUUGUUUGUCUACAAAGAACCUCAUCCGGACAAAUGUUUUGACGAAGUUUGCUGUGAAAUAAAGGCUGACAACAGCUAUAAGGUGAAGGAUGACGUCGGGAACGUUCUUUUUAGUAUUCUUGAGGACAUUGAUUAUUGUAGCAGGCAUCUCUAUCCAGGUCGUUCCUUCAUAAUGAAUGUUAUUAAUGAAUAUAAUAAAGAGGUCAUCAGACUGGUGCACCCGUUUGUUUGUUUGCAGCAGCAGCUGCAGAAGACACCAGGCUUUGUCAUCGGUCAUGUUCGACAAAACUGGCCUGUUUGCCUGCCUAAAUUCACAGUACAGAAUAAACAAGGUGAACCGGAAGUUAAGAUUGUGGGACCGUUUGUACCUCUUACCUGCUGCAUGGAUCAGAACUUUGAGGUGAUGCACAUGUACUCAGAUACAA